AUGGACAGUCAAGUAUGUGGAGACGGUAGAUUAUUAGAUUUAAUUGAUGAGAUUUGGCAUAAAGAACGUUUGCCUAUAGAUGAUAUUUCAGUACCAAUAGCAGAAUUACCUGAUCCUGAAAGUGAUAAUGGUGAUUCUCAUAUGACAUUGAAAGAAUUAGAACAAAAGUGGAAUAAUCUAGCUUUAGGAACUCUCAGUGAAAACCAUUUACAUUCUCCAACACCUUCUCAUAGUUAAAUAAGUAAUGGUUU